AUGGUUUCUGCAAGCUUAUCAGGCAUAGCAGGAGCCAUUCUUGCACCAAUAUUGCCUCAGUUAGCUCUGGACAAAUUACUCAAAGCUUUAGUGAAGUAUCUUUCUGGAGAUGAGCCAUCAGAAUCAUCCUCUACCGAAGUUGAUAAACUUCGACAACUGGAGAAUGAACGGGAAGCCUUGGAAGAUGCCAAUCUGAAGCUCAAGAUAAUGCAAAGUGAAGUCAGGAAGUUGCACAAACGAGAUAAACAAAAUAUGAGGUUGAUUCUUAUCAACAACAAACUCAGAGAUGUGAGUUAUGAGAUUCAAGACUUGGAAGAUGAUUUGGAGUACAUGGAGCUGCAGCAAAAGGUGGAGGAGAUCAACCUGCAGGAUGAAACCCAGAUGAGUCAAUCUAGACGACGAAAACGCUUGUCUUGGUUUUCUUGGAUAACAGGACAAUCAAGUGAUAAAAGACGUCGGCUUUCUUCAUCCAAGUCCUUGAAGCUGUCCACAGAUGAUCUAGUGAAUAAGAUGAGGAAUAUUGUAAAACAAAUUAAUUGCAUUGAUUCAGAGAUGAAUACUGAGAUUAAGGUGGAUGAGUUGCUUAAGCAAAUAGCCUUGAAUGGUGUUUAUGAUCCUUGGGGAGGACAGCAUCAAGUGAAAGAAAACCAAGGACGUGUGACAACUUCAUCAAUAAAUGAAAGGAAGAUAUAUGGCCGAGAUGGUGACAUUAAAAGGUUGACAGCUUUGCUAACAAAACCAAUUAACGCUGUUGGCAAUAAUAUUUCAGUUGUAUCAAUACGUGGGAUGGGUGGUAUCGGCAAAACAGCUUUAGCACAAUGUGUGUUUAACAGCCAAGAAAUCGAAGAUUAUUUUGACAGCAAAGUAUGGGUUUGUGUUUCAGACAAUUAUGAUAGAUUCAGAAUCAUCAAAGAGAUUAUAGAUUCACUUUCUAUUGAUGAUGAUAACACAAACUUGGCAUAUGAUACUACUAGUAAUUUGGAUCUUCUUGAGACUAAACUAAGAAAGAAAAUAAGAGGAAAAAAGUUUCUGCUGGUGCUGGAUGAUGUUUGGUCUAUUGAAUGGCAACAACUCCUUGGCUCACUCAAAUCUGCACAGAUGGAGCUUGUUAAAGUCUUGGUGACUUGCAGAGACCCUAAAGUAUUAGGAAGUCUAGAUGGAAUUAAUCGAAUUGUUUUGGAAGGUUUAUCUGGGGGAGAAUGCUGGUCUUUAUUUCUGAAUUGUGUUUUUGCAGAUAAAAAUCCUGACAAUUAUUCGAAAAAAUUACAUGAUAUAGGUAAGCAGAUAGUGAGAAAGCUGAAUGGAUCACCAUUAGCAGUGAAAACAGUGGGAAGACUCUUAGGAUGCAGUUUGACUGAAAAACAUUGGAAGGAUGUGUUGGAGAGUGAUUUGUGGAGAUUAGAAAUUGAUGUAAAUGAUAUUAUGUCUGCACUUGCAUUGAGUUAUUAUCAUCUGCCUCAGCAUCUCCAGUUGUGCUUUGCAUUUUGUUCUGUGUUUCCUAAAGAUUUCAAAUAUGAUAUGAACAAUGUUAUAGACAUGUGGAUAGCCCAUGGCUAUAUACAAGAAAAUGGAAGUAGCUCAAAGACAAUGAAAGAUAUUGGAAAAGAGUAUUAUGCUGAACUAGAAGCUAUGUGUUUCUUUGAAAGGAAUUUUCCAUACUCGAAAAUGCAUGAUUUGGCCAGAUCAAUUUCUCAUGGGGAAACUUACAUUUAUGAGGGUCGAAAAGAUGAGAAAAUCUCAAAAAUAGUUGGUGGCAUGUGUGCCUUCCUUAGCCAUGAAGCAUUCAAAAGAAUCCGAGUGCUAGUUGUCUUUGAUCCUAAUAUGCAAGAAUUCCCAGAUACUAUUGCUAAUCUUAAAUACUUGCAAUAUUUGGAUUUGGCAAAAACCAACAUCAAAUCGAUACCGGAAUCACUCUGUGGGCUCUAUCGGUUGAGGGUGUUGAAAUUGCCACUUCUACAUACUCUCCCGAGUCUAUUUCACAACCUCAUAAACCUUCAAGAGUGGGACUUGCUUCAAACCGAUAAUAAGAUUUACCUCCGGAGAAAGCUAGUGUAUCCGGUGAAAAAAGGAGGAAAUUACAUGAUCACACAAUUGAGAAAUAUGAAUGAAUUGAGGGGAGUACUUUCGAUUGAAGGCUUAGAGAACAUAGACAAUAUGAAAGAAACAGUGAAAGCCAAAUUGAAGGAAAAACAUCACAUUGAGGAAUUAUCAUUACGCUGGACAAAUACAGUGGAUGGUUGCAAGCUUGAAGUCCAAGAAGAAGUGCUUGAAGCUCUUCAACCUCAUCCUGACUUAAAUUACCUAUUCAUUGAAGGGUACAUGGGUUCCAAAUCACCAAGCUGGCUUAUGACACUUGCUCUACGGAAACUGAGAGAAAUAGAGUUAAAUAAAUGCAGAAACUGGGCAAGCCUACCUUCAGCACUUGGGUUGUUACCUUCCCUGGAGAAACUAAUCUUAGUUGGCAUUGAGAACAUAACAAUUGAGAUUGAUGAUUCUAUGACUGUGAUGUUUCCAUCCUUGCGGAUCCUUGUAUUUAGGAAAGCAACAGUAUCAUUUCAGGGUAUGUCAUCAUCAUCAUCUUCAACAACAGUAAAGCGUUGCAAGUUGUUUCCUUGUCUUAAGGCUCUAACAAUUGAUGAAUGUGAUGGAUUGAAUGGAUUACCCUGGCAAAUGCUUUCAUCACUGGAUAAUCUCAGAAUAUAUGCAAGUCCUGGGCUCCAAAGUCAAGUGCCAGGAUGUCUCCAAAGCCUAAACUCACUUACUUUAUUGGAAAUAAAAGGAUUAAAGAUUGAAAACACAGACAUUGUGGCACAACAACAGCAAGGGGUCCUCCUACCAAAUCUACGUGGAAUCGAAAUUAAAUCUUGUGGAAAUAUAGCAUUUCUGCUUGCUGUAUUGCUUCAUGUUCCUUCACUGGAGAGAUUGAGUAUUUCCAAGUGUAGUUCAGUAAGUCUUGCUGCACUUGGACAACUAUCCUUCCUUACAUACAUUUCACUAGAAGAGGUGGAGGUAACAGUGGUAGACAUCACUCCAGUGUUUCCAUCUCUUCAUUCUUUUGAAUUGAAGAAAGCAUCAAUGAUUAUCCACAACAUGCCAUCAUCAUCAGUAGCAACAAAAAAUCACAACUGCUUUCCUUGUCUGAAGUCCCUCAAGAUUGUAGGCUGUGAUGAAUUGAAUGUAUUACAGUGGCCCAUGCUUUCAGCAUUAACACAUCUAUACAUAACAAAUAGUCCAUGGGUGGAUGACCAAUUUCCAGGAUGCCUCUAUGGCCUCUCUGCUCUCACUCAAUUGGAAUUAACUGGGCUAAAGGUUAAAACUUUUCCUGCAGAGGUGAUGGCCACACUGCAUGCACUCAAGUAUUUACGUCUUGAAGAAUGUAAUGAGUUGAUAUCAGUGGAUGGUUUACAAGCUCUGUCCUGCCUGACAAAGUUGUGUAUAACUAAAUGCCCACAAUUCACAACCUGGUGGUUUAUGGAGCAGAUCACAGAACAAGGAGUCUUUCAUCCAAAUUUGUUUGCAAUAUCUAUUGACUCUUGUGAAAAUCUGGAAUCUCUGCCAGCUUGGUUGCAUUGCCUUCCUUUCCUCAAGUCAUUGAUUAUUAUUAAUUGCCCAAAGAUCCAUUCACUGCCAGAGGGUGGCCUUCCUUCCUCACUGGAAUUGUUGUGGAUCAAAGAAUGUGACUUUGGAUUAAUGGAACGGUGCCAACAAGAAGGGUCUCCUGAUUGGCUAAUGAUUCAGCACAUCCGUCAACGAACCUACGCAUGA